AUGGCGGACGAGGGCGACUCUGAGCCGAGGAAGUCCUUUAAACUCCUAGGAUUUCUUGAUGUUAAAAGUGUCCCAUGUGCACGAGAAUCAGUGCUCUAUGGCUCCCUGGGAUCUUUAGUUGUGGGUCUUGGACAUUUUUUAGCAACUAGUAGAGUUAGAAGAUCUUGUGACUUUGCAGUUGGUGGCUUUAUUUGCACAAUGUUAGGAUACUGGUUUUACUGCAGGUACAAUUUGGCCCAACACAGGAUCCAGCAAAGAAUGCUUAAAGAAGGAAUGAGAAACAAAAUUUUAUUUGAAGGCAGUUCUCUUGAUCCAGAAAGAAAACAGACUGGCAAUGAAAGAAGCGAUUCAUAGUCUGCUACAGAGGAAUCUGUGGUCUAAUACAGCUUUGGGAGAAGGUGGUCCAAAAAUGGCAGUCUUCCAUGUAAAUGUGUGAGGAGCCUAAAACUGAUAAAUCAUGCUGGUUUUCCUGGCAAAUCCGAGCAAGAAAUUAAUAGCAAAUCUGUUAAGUCAGUGUACAAGCCUUUCUUUGUUUCAUGUAUGUAUGUAUGUAUGUAUAUGACUAUGUACACAGAUAGGAAUGACCUCCUGUUAAACAUCUGGGAACUGAUGUGUUCUGUUACAGGGUCUCGGAGGAUUAAUGACAGGUUUUGGGACUGCUUUAACUUCCAUUAUAAACAGAAUGGUUCGUUUUAGCAAAGUUGUAAUUACAUUUCAUUUAAAUACAGGAAAAUAUUUCCAUCAGCUGUUCUCUUGAGUAAAUGUAUCCUUCAGUGCUACUGUUAAUUGUGCUGUUUGUAAAACAGGAAUAUUUAAACAGCAGGUGACCGCUUUGCUUGUGCAAGAUGGGUGAUAUCAGUAGCCUUUGUAAGAUUUCAGCUACAGAAUAACUUCAGAUAAUUUAUAUACACUGUGAAGUUAAAGGGUUUCCAUCUUUGUUCUGUCUGUGCGAAACUAAGAAUAAAAUCCCACUUCAGAGGCAGUCUAAGCUAUGUAAGUAACUAAUCUUUUUACUUGAUUAAAAAUCUUGCUCUUCUAUUUAAGACAUUUCCUUACAAUUGGUGGAGUAAUAAUUUACAUUAUUUGUAAGUAGCAAUGGUCAGUAGUUUGGUUUGGGUUUGGUUUUUUUUUUUUUUAAAGGAAUGUUCUACUUGUAUAUUUCACUGUAUGUUUUCAGUUAAAAGAAAUAUCACUAUAUAAUUUCAAGGAAACCAUCUUAUUUGGAAAUACAGUGUUAGGUCUAAUUGCAUAUUGAUAAAAAGAUGAGCGAUGGCAUAAUAUUCCUUGCUUGCUUCUGUCUACACCAGUGAUACAACUUUUUUUUUUUUCCCCCCACAAAAUGAUUUAUAGUAUAUUAUGCUGUAAGCACUUUUUGGUCUCAAGGCAUUCACUGAGCAAAAAUAGUUCUUUCCCCUCACCCUGUACUUAGCCUGAGAGAGUUUGCAAUCUGUUGUUAAAUCACGUUGGUGUGGGGAGGUUUGGGAGUCCAGAUGUAAACAGCAGCAUUGCUCUACUUAUUUAAUUUGGAAAAUACUUGAGAGCACUAAACAAACGUGCUAUUUACACUAAGAUAAUUAAACUUUUACCCUCUGUGGAUUAGCCUCUUACAAGAAGAAAACAAACCUGUAUACUCUGUUUCCUUUUUUCCCUCUAUUCCUCUUGUUUCUUCUGGAGGAAACAAUAAAGAUAAAUAUUCAUUUCAA